AUGACCCAUAUUCGACUCAUUUUGCUCUUAUGUUUCCUACUUCCUCGUUUUCAUGAAAUCCUAUGUAACAUUGACACUGAUACAGAUGCCCUUCUUUCUUUCAAAUCUCAAGUUAGUGACCCAACAAAUGCCCUCUCUUCCUGGUCUCUACAUUCCAAUCACUGCACCUGGAAAGGUGUCACAUGCUCCAAACUUGGAAACAAGGUCCAAUCUCUCACUCUACCAGGACUUUCCCUCUCCGGCAAACUGCCCCCUCACCUUUCCAACCUCACUUACCUACACUCACUUGACCUUUCCAACAACAAUUUUCAUGGCCAAAUUCCCAAAGACCUUGCCCAUCUCUCACUUCUCAAUGUCAUUCAAUUAUCUUCCAACAAUCUCAGUGGUACACUUCCACCACAGCUGGGUCAUCUCCACCGUCUACAAGUUUUAGACUUUUCAGUCAAUAAUCUCACAGGUCCGAUUCCUCCGUCAUUUGCCAAUCUAUCUUCUCUUGAGAAUCUUUCCUUGGCAACCAACGGUUUGGAGGGUGAGAUUCCGUCCGAACUUGGUAAUCUCCGCAAUCUUUCCUUUCUUCAAAUAUCCGCGAACAAUUUCUCCGGCCAGUUUCCCACUUCUAUCUUCAACAUCUCUUCCUUAGUCUUUUUAUCCGUCACAGAAAACAAUCUAGAGGGUGAGUUACCACAAAAUUUCGGCCAUGUUCUUCCAAAUUUAAAGAAUCUACAUCUGGCAUCCAAUAUGUUUGAAGGGAUAAUUCCGAAUUCCAUAUCAAAUGCCUCACAUCUUCAAUACAUCGACCUUGCACACAAUAAAUUCCACGGCUCUAUACCUCCAUUCAGCAACUUGAAAAACCUAACCCACCUCAUCCUUGGUAACAAUUUUCUCUCUUCCACGACCUUGUUAAAUUUUCAGUUCUUUGAUUCCCUUAGAAACUCCACCCAGUUGCAAGAUCUCCGGAUCUAUGAAAACCAUUUGGCUGGGGAGCUUCCAAGCUCGUUUGCGAAUCUAUCUGCCAAUCUCCAACAUUUCUGUGUUUCUUAUAACUCGCUUACUGGCAACAUUCCUCAAGGAAUGAAGAAAUUUGAAAAUAUAAUAUCUUUGUCCUUUGAAAAUAAUUUCUUCACUGGAGAGUUGCCAUCAGAAAUAGGAGCACUGCAUAAUCUUCAGCAACUUCAAGUGCAGAACAAUAGAUUGUCUGGGGAAAUUCCUAAGAUGUUUGGCAAUUUCACCAAUCUGUAUCUCCUAGCAAUUGGAAAUAACCAGUUCUCGGGCAUAAUUCAUCAAAGUAUUGGACAAUGCAAGAGAUUAACUUUUCUUGAUUUGGCGAUGAAUAGGCUUGGUGGGACCAUACCAAGGGAGAUUUUUCAGAUUUCUGGAUUAAGAAUCUUGAAUUUAGAAGGAAACUCUCUGCAUGGUUCACUUCCUCCUGAGGUCGGCACCUUGAAACAGCUUGAGACCAUGAAUAUUUCUGGCAACCAGUUGUCAGGGAACAUUCCUAAGGAAAUGGAGGCUUGUUCUAUGUUGAAGUCACUUGUGAUGGCGAGAAACAAAUUCAAUGGAUCAAUCCCAACUAAUUUUGGGAAAUUAGCAUCCCUCGAGACUUUGGAUUUAUCAUCAAAUGAUCUCACCGGCCGUAUUCCUGAAAGUUUAGAAAAGCUCCAGUAUAUACACACAUUAAAUUUGUCUUUCAACCAUUUGGAAGGGGAGGUUCCAAUGAAAGGUCUUUUUAUGAGCCUUACUAAGUUUGAUCUUCGAGGAAACAAUAACCUCUGUAGCCCUAACAAGGAAACUGCGCAGAAAUUGGGAGUACUCCUGUGUGUUGGCAAAAAGAAAAGAAAGAUUUUACUCCCUAUCGUACUUGCAGUUGUUGGUGCUACUGCUUUGUCCAUUUCAACGCUCUUUGUAUUUUGGACAAUGAUGUCUAGAGAGAAGAAAAGAAAGGAGGGGGAAAUCAGUGUUUUAUCUACCCCUCUUCAAGGGUUACCUCAAAAUAUAUCUUACGGUGAUAUUCGCAUUGCCACAAACAAUUUUGCAGCUGAAAACUUGCUUGGAAAAGGAGGCUUUGGUUCUGUGUAUAUGGGUGUGUUCAGCUUCAGUACAGGUGAAACUGCCACGCUUGCGGUCAAAGUCUUGGACCUGCAACAAAGCAAAGCUUCCAAGAGUUUCAAUGCUGAAUGUGAAGUUUUGAAAAAUGUUAGGCAUCGGAACCUAGUGAAGGUUAUCACUUCUUGCUCCAGCCUUGAUUAUAACGGGGAGGAAUUUAAGGCCCUUGUCAUGCAAUUUUUGCCCAAUGGAAACUUGGACGAGAACAUACACCGGGAAGAUGAAAAGUCAGGAUCAUUUCUAACCUUGAUGCAAAGAUUGAACAUUGCCAUUGAUGUUGCUUCUGCUGUGGACUACUUGCACCAUGACUGCGAUCCACCAAUAGUUCAUUGCGAUCUGAAACCCUCCAAUGUCCUUCUAGAUGAAAAUAUGGUUGCACGCGUUACAGAUUUUGGAUUGGCAAGGUUUCUCUCUCAGAAUACAUCAGAGAAGCAAAGUAGCACUCUAGGAUUGAAAGGAUCAAUCGGCUACAUCGCCCCAGAAUACGGUCAAGGAGGCAAGACUUCAACUGAGGGCGACGUGUACAGUUUUGGGACCCUGCUGUUAGAGAUGUUCACAGCCAAAAAACCAAGUGAUGAAAUGUUCAAAGAAGGAUUGAGCCUUAACAAAUUUGUCUCAGCCAUGGAUGAGAAUGAAGUACUGAAGGUUGCUGAUGGAAGGCUUAUUAACGAUUUUGAAUCUUGGAAACAAAGCUCGAAGUGCAUAGUUGAUGUGAUAAAAGUUGGGUUGUGUUGCACAACUGAUCAACCCAAAAAACGAUGGAGCAUGAGAGAGGCCUCAUCAAAAUUGCAAGCAAUUAAGCACUCUAUGCUUGCCUUAUGA